CACACAGCACAUCACAGCAGGUACGUGACCCUCUUCAUAGCAACAGUGAAACCACAGCUACAAAGGUCAAGAUGUGUUGCCCCGGUUUCCUCAAAAUGAUGAUGUUUAUCUUCAAUGGCUGCAUCUUUUUGGCAGGUGCAGCCAUUCUGGGUGUUGGGGUGUGGGUAAAAGUAGACAGCGGUUCUCUGCUGGGGGUCCUUGAAAACCUGGACUCUGUGGGCGGACUAUCUCAGGUGGCCAAUGUGAGCUACCUGCUCAUUGCUGUGGGUGCCGUGCUGCUGAUCAUGGGCUUCCUGGGCUGCUGUGGGGCUAUCAGAGAGAGCAGGUGUAUGCUGCUGAUGUUCUUCAUCAUUGUGCUGAUCAUCUUCCUCGUCGAGGUUGCUGGAGCCGUGGUGGUACUAGUCUUUGAUUCACUGGCUUCUGAGCUCCUUCUGGGUUUGGAAAAUGAGGUUAGAGAGAACAUCAGAGUGAAGUACGGAGAGGAUGAAAACCUGACGUCGCUCUGGAAUGCUACCAUGGAGGAGUUUGAGUGCUGUGGAUACAGGAACUACACAGACUUUGACGGGUCCCCUUUUAAUAAGCAACAUGGAGGUGACAUUUACCCUACCGCAUGCUGCAAAUCAAGCAGUUCCAUCAAAACAUGCAAUGCAAAUGCAGCAAGCAGCUUACCGAGGGUUGAUGGGUGCUAUGACAAGCUGCUCCAGUUUAUAGAGGACAACGCUGUGAUCAUUGCCGCCGUGGCACUGGGUAUUGCAGUCCUUGAGAUCGCAGCCAUGGCGGUUUCGAUGACGCUCUACAAGCACAUCGGAGACAAAAACUACGCAUGAUGUGUCCGGUUUGUUACAAACCCCGAUAACAGUCACAUGUCAUGGCAGCACUUACACUUUUUGGAACCAGUCAAUACUGCCCGUACUAGACUGGGAAAAUUCACAUUCAGUUUACUUUUCAGCUAUUUAUUGUAAAUAUAAAUCAAAACUUAUGAAAUUGGUUAAGUUUUUCAUAUUCAUGUAUACCAGGAUAUAAGAACCUUUUAUGAACUGUUUUCAGUAAUUAUAUUUUCAGACAGUUCUCAUCAGAUGGAGGCGUGGUGUGUUUAUUGUGCGAUCAGUUAAUGUUUUAGUGAGGGCUGAUCAGCUUAUUUCUUAAUGGCUGAAAACUAGAUACAUGUAAAAUGUGCAUAUUUUUGUAUGAUUGUAUUGAAAUGAAAUAAUACCAAACAUAUCUUAACUUUUGCACCUUAAAAACGACAGUGAAAUCUGGGCUUAUUGAGAAUGAACGAUUGUGUGUUGUUGCCUGCUUUGCCACUGUUGAGAGACUGCUGACUGCAGACAACACGGCAGGUCAUGGAAGCGGCCAUGACACCUUCAUAUGUAGGGACCUCAUUCCUGGGGACUGGACACGAGCAUAACUACCACGGGGGACACGCCCCCCCCAAUGUAAAUGACCCUCCAAAAAAUUGUCAUCCAUCGAUACAGUUUCAAGCUCAUGAAACUGCAUUUGCUUUUAUGUGCUUAAUUACACUCUGUGGAGGCAGCACUGAGUCUAAGCGUACCUAGUGGCGUACCACAAAAGAAACAGAAGAAGUGGAUACUCAGUGCGUGCAUAUCUCCUUGUAAAAAGAGAACAGAGGCAAAAGAGUUGGACAGAAAGCUGACUGAUAAUAUCCAGGUUCGAGGUGAGCACCAAGACAUGAUAUUAUUCAAGCAACACUUGCAUACGAAUAUUGUUGGCAGCAUGUCGAACCUUGGGACAGGAAGUCAUCUUCUGUGGGGACAGAAGUGAUGUAAUUUUUUGGGGGGGAGGGGGGAUUUCUAUGAAAGAAGAUGCUGUGUCUACUGCACUUGAAAAUAGAGAAAUUUGUCAAACAUCAAAGGUACAAAAGUAGCAUUUUAUUUGACAUUGUCUAUGGCCUGGUGGGCUAACAUUGGUGAUAGGCACAAUAGCUUCAAAUGUCCAACUGAAAUCUGAAAUCUCCUCACUUUCAGUGUCAUGGGUGAUGAUAUCGAAGUUAUCAUGACUAAUUUCUAUUUUUAAAAAGGAGGUAAAGCAUAAAGUAAAGAGGGCCAUAGUCUUUCACAUGGCUGUAUGGUGUUGUCUGUAUGUCUGUAUGUACUUAAUUUGUCUGAUGUCUUGAGGUUGCCAUUGGGAUGUCUUUGCUCCAGCUGCAUUGAAUGACUACUACCACUGUAGCAAUGUCCAGCACCCUGUUGAGGAUGGAGGCGACUAAUAGGGGGCAUCUCUGUAGGAUGAGCUGCAAGGUGGUGCAGACCCCUUAUAAACUGUUCUUCAUGCGGUCUAAUUCUUGAAAAUUGGUUUUAAUUACCCUUGUCAUGGCCGCUGUCUAUUAUGUUUACCAUGUUCUGUGUCUUUGUUUGGAAAGACAAUGAUGAUCCCCUGUCUUAUAUUGACUUGUGUUGAUUAGAGGGUAAAAGAGUGAUAAUGAUCCUUCUUUUACCUUUUAUCUCGCAGCCUCUUCUCAUUUCAGAAUGAUCUAAAUAUGUAGACUUAUUGAACUUUCUGUCGGUGGGAGGGUCUGACAGUCAACAUAAUCUGUCUCACAUUGCUAAUAUUCCAAUAAAUGAAUUGGAUUUCUUAGACAACAAAUUAGUUUAUAUAGCAUAAGUGGGCAUACACUUUUAAAAAUAUUAGCUGGCAGAGACUGGGUCAAUCCAACGACAAACAAAGGUUCCAUAAAGGAAUCUUCCUCAGUGUUAUCCUUGGAGUAAUACUGGGUCAAAAUAUAUUGAAAAUGUGAAUUUAGUCUGUCGUCUUCGCUCUAUGGAAUCAGAACCUACUUAACGUUUAUCUUAUCACUGUAUGGAUAGUGAACCUUUCUUGACAAAUAUAUAAAAUGAUUCCUGAAAAUCAAACUGGGCCCAGAUGUAUAUUGCUGUAUCCGAUAUAUUUUUGUAUUUUCCAGACCCCUCCAUCCUGGUUAAGAGUAUUUAGUACAUCUGUUAUGUGGAAAUAUUUUCAUAUGCAAAUCUAAAUUUUGGGUAGGAAAAUUCCUGUUUCGUUUUUUUUUUUUUAGUUGGAGUACUAUUUGGAAAUGUAUCACUCGCAUAAAAAAAUAAAUCAGCAAAAACAUUU